AUGGCUACGCAAUAUCAACCAAAUCAAUAUUCAAGGCGUGAAAGUGUAACCGAAAAAUACGACGCGAGUCCAAGAAAGAAAAUUACCCAACGUCGCGAACAAAGUCAAGGAUCCAGUGACGGAACGGUUAGCACAAUGAUGAGCAAUGCUUCAACGGGAAGGGAAUCGGCAGCUACACAUAUGACAGAAGGUCCUUCAUAUUCGAAAAAAAUUGUGGUGGUUGGUGAUGGUGGAUGCGGGAAGACUUGUCUUUUGAUAAGUUACAGUCAAGGAUAUUUCCCAGAAAAAUAUGUUCCAACUGUAUUCGAGAAUUAUAUCACAUACCCAACGCAUCGGCAGACCGGCAAGACACUCGAAUUGGCGUUAUGGGAUACUGCAGGACAAGAGGAAUAUGAUCGUCUCCGUCCAUUAUCAUACCCGGAGACAGAUUUGUUGUUUGUUUGUUUCGCGAUCGACUGCCCAAAUUCCCUCGAGAAUGUUAUGGAUAAGUGGUAUCCCGAAGUAUUACACUUUUGCCCAUACACACCUCUUAUCCUCGUCGGUCUGAAGUCCGACUUGAGAACGAAACGUUCUUGUAUUGAUCUCCUCAAAACCCAAGGUCUCACACCCGUCACCACAGAACAAGGAAUGGCAGUUGCAAGAAAGAUGGGAGCGCGUUAUAUGGAGUGCAGUAGUAAAGAAAUGACUGGUGUGGAAGAAAUUUUUACCGAAGCCAUCAACACAGUUGUGGUCAACGAUCGAAGCAACCAACAAAAUACAUCCUCAUCUACUCCACCCGGUACAUCAGGUUCGCAAGGUGUAAUCAUCCCGAAAAAGAAGAAGCGCAGUUGUCGAUUCUUGUAA